CCUCGUCGUCGUCGUCGUCGUUGUCGCCGCCGUCGCCGUUCAAGAUGCCGUCUGACGCUGCUUUGAAGCGCGCUGAGGCCAAGAAGAAACGUGCCGAGCGCAAGGCCGCAUCUCUUGCUGCCAAGGGUGACACAGAACAGGCGGCUGCUUUGGCUGCCAAGGCCGAUGAAAUCACCCCCAUAACCAGCGAGCUUGAGAAGGUCGCGCUCAACGCUCGUAACACCACGGGUGUCCUCGCUUCCCACGAGCAAAGCCGUGAUGUCAAGCUCAUCAACUUUAGUCUCACCUACCACGGUGUCGUCAUGUUCGAGGAUACCACCCUCGAGCUCAACUACGGUCGCCGCUACGGUCUGCUCGGUCCCAACGGUGCGGGCAAGUCGACACUCCUGACAGCCAUUGCCGAACAGGAUGUCCCCCUCCCCGACCACUUUGACAUCUUUCACCUCAAGAAGGAGAUUGACGCCACGGACCUGACGGCCCUGGAAGCCGUUCUUGACGUCGAUGCCGAGCGCAAGCGUCUGGAAGCUGAAGCUGAGCGCCUCAUUGAGAUGGACUUGGCCGAGUCGGACCGUCUCACCUCCAUCUACGAGCGUCUGGAUGCCAUGGAUGCCUCCCUCGCUGAGGCCAAGGCUGCCAAGCUCCUCCAUGGUCUUGGCUUCACCAAAGAGAUGCAGGCCAAGAAGACCAAGGACUUUAGCGGUGGUUGGCGCAUGCGUAUCGCCCUCGCCCGUGCCCUCUUCAUUCAGCCUUCCAUCAUGCUGCUCGACGAGCCCACCAACCACUUGGAUCUUGAGGCCUGUGUGUGGCUUGAGGAGGAGCUCAAGAACUACCCCGCUUGCCUCGUCAUCAUCUCCCACUCCCAGGAUUUCCUCAACGGCGUCUGCACCAACAUCAUGCAUCUCCAGAACCGCCACCUCAAGUAUUACUCGGGUAACUACGACCAAUACGUCAAGACCCGUGCUGAACUCGAGGAGAACCAGAUGAAGCGCUACCAACAGGAGCAAGAUCAGAUUGCCCACAUGAAAAACUACAUUGCUCGCUUCGGUCACGGUAGCGCCAAGCUGGCCCGUCAGGCCCAGUCCAAGGAAAAGGUCCUGGCCAAGAUGGUCGCCGGUGGUCUCACCGAAAAGGUGCAGGCUGAUCACUCGAUCGAUUUCAAGUUCCCUGAUUGCGGCAAGCUGCCCCCGCCCGUGCUCAUGGUUGAGAACGUCAGCUUCAAGUACCCUGGCACUGAAAAGUACCUCUACCGCAACCUGGACUUUGGCGUCGACCUUGACACCCGUCUUGCCCUGGUCGGCCCCAACGGUGCGGGCAAGUCCACCCUCCUCAAGCUCAUCGUCGGUGAGCUCACCCCCACCGAGGGUCAGAUUCGCCGCAACGCCCAUCUCCGCUUUGCCCGUUACCAUCAGCAUCUCGAGGAUCAGCUCGACUUUUCCCUUUCCCCUAUCACCUUUAUGCAAAAGGAAUUUCAGGAGGAACUCAAGGAGAUUGAGGAUGCCCGCAAGGCCGUCGGUCGCUUCGGCCUCACUGGCAAGAUGCAGACCAUGCCCAUCGAGCAGCUGAGCGACGGCCAGCGCUCGCGCCUCAUCUUCGCCUGGCUGGCCAUGACCCGCCCUCACAUGCUCAUUCUUGACGAGCCUACUAACCACUUGGACAUGGAAACCAUCGACAGUCUGGCCCGUGCCAUCUCUGGCUUCGAGGGCGGUGUCUUGCUUGUUAGUCACGACUUCCGUCUCAUCGACCAGGUCGCUCAGCAGAUCUGGAUUGCAGAAAACGAGACCGUUACCCGUUGGGAGGGUGAUAUCUUGGCCUACAAGGAGCAUCUGCGUCGCAAGCUCGAGGAGAACUGA